CAGAGAGGGGCUGGGGCCAGGCCCUCCCCUCCCUGCAGGCCCGCCAAGGAUGGGGGAGGCCAAGGGGCCUGGCAGGAGCUGAGGGGCGGGCAGUCUAGGUCUGACCCAGCCCAGGGCUCCGUGAUGUCACGCGGGUGCUGAGGAGGGGGAGGGCCAGCUGUUUUUCUGGAGAGUUGGAGCAGACAAAGCCGGCUGGCCGGGCCAGUGGGCGCCAUGGAGCUCCGUCCAGGGCUGCUCGUCUGGGUGCUGCUGCUCCUGCAGGGGUCCGCGGUCCUGCCGUCAGGGCCGCCCGGGGGCAGCUCCGUGGUGUCCGAGUCAGCCGUGAGCUGGGCCGCGGGCGCCCGGGCGGUGCUGAUGUGCCAGAGCCCGCGCAUGGUGUGGACCCAGGACCGGCUGCACGAUCGCCAGCGCGUGGUGCACUGGGAUGUGGCCGGCGGCCCUGAGCGCCCGGCGCGCCGCCUCGUGGACAUGUACUCGGCGGGCGAGCAGCGCGUGUACGAGCCCCGCGACCGCGGCCGCCUCCAGCUGGCGCCGUCCGCCUUCCUCGACGGCAACUUCUCGCUGCUCAUCCGCGCGGUGGAGGAGUCGGACGCGGGGCUGUACAGCUGCAACUUGCACCACCACUACUGCCACCUGUAUGAGAGCCGGGCCUUGCUGCUCAACGUCACUGAAGACCCCCGGGCCGCCCGCGCCUUCUGGGACGGCGAAAAGGAGGUGCUGGUGGUGGCUCGCGGGACGCCCGCGCUAUUGAGCUGCGUGAACCGCGCGCACGUGUGGACCGACCGGCACCUGGAGGAGGCGCAGCAGGUGGCACACUGGGACCGGCAGCCUCCGGGGGUGUCGCACGACCGCGCUGACCGCCUGCUCGACCUGUACGCGUCGGGCGAGCGCCGCGCCUACGGGCCGCGCUUCCUGCACGACCGCGUGGCCGUGGCGGCCGACGCGUUCGCGCGCGGCGACUUCUCGCUCAGCAUCGACCCGCUGCAGCCGGCCGACGAGGGCACCUACUCCUGCCACCUGCACCACCACUACUGCGGCCUGCACGAGCGCCGCGUGUUCCGCCUGAGCGUCACAGCGCCCGUCUCGCUGCCCCCGCGGGGCUCCCCGGGCAAUGGCUCUGGCUCCGGCGGCGCCACCCCUCGCCCAGACCCCACGCUGGCACGCGGCCGCAGCGUCAUCAAUGUCAUCGUGCCCGAGGGCCACGCGCACUUCUUCCAGCAGCUGGGCUACGUGCUGGCCACGCUCUUGCUCUUCAUCCUGCUGCUCAUCACCGUCAUCCUGGUCACCCGCCAGCGCCUCCGCGCAGACGCCAGCCCCGGGGAGCGCAAGCGGCCCCAGAAUGAAUCUCCCCUGCCAGGCUAUGAAGGCGUGGAGAAGUUGAGGACGCUGAAGGGGAAGGACGUGAGCGUGGCCCAGUGGACGGGGAGCUCCCAGGAGCAGGCGCCGUGCAGGAGUGAGCACAUCCCACUAGACUACAAGAACAACAUCCUGAAGGAGAAGGCUGGGUUGGCCCACAGCCCCCUGCCCACCAAGACCCUGGACCUGGAUAAAGAGCUCAGAAAGGAGUACUGCAAAUGAGCCGCCCGCCCGCUGCCCUCCCUGUCGUGGACCUUCUCUGCCCCUUCAGCGGCUGGUCCGCUGCCCUCAAUCUGCCCUGGUUUGGCUGCCUGCAGAGCCCUCCGGGAAGCCGCCCUCCCUGCCCAGUGAACAGAGGUGCCCACCAGCCUGGGA